AUGACUUCUAUAAGAAACCUGGCCCGGGCUGCAAUCAUUUUAUGUGCCAUAUGCUUUUUGACAACCUCUGAUGGAAGACCAAUGAUGAAAAGGUCAGUGAGUGAGAUGCAGUUAAUGCAUAACCUCGGUGAGCAUCGGCACACGGUGGAGAGACAGGACUGGCUGCAGAUGAAGCUGCAGGAUGUGCACAGUGCCCUGGAGGACGCUCGCACCCARAGGCCUCGCAGCAAGGACGACGUUGUCCUGGGCCGGAGGUUGCUCCCGGAGCAUUUGCGGGCAGCAGUGCAGAAGAAAUCCGUGGAUCUGGACAAGGUUUACAUGAAUGUCCUCUUUAAAACAAAGCCAUAA